GUCAACAUGGUCAUGUAAAAAGGGACUCUGUCUGAUAAGAUCGAAUGUAAGUACCAUGAAAACUACAGCAAGAUCAGGGACUGCAGUCGUUUAAGUUGGUCUUCAGAAUUAGCCUUGGAGAGAAAUCAUCAAUGCCAGGUUUUUAUCUUUAAAGCACUACACCUGGGUUGAGGCAGAUUACAGGUGGAGUGGGAGUGGUAGAGCUAAAGGAGGAGCAUCUGUGCCUAACAGCUUGCGCUGAGGAACACCUUAACACACUUCAAUACUGAUGGGGUAGAAAGCACAUCAUCUUCAGCAGAAGACAUCCGGGAUUCGAGCAGAACGAGCACUUCCGAAAUGAGCCGGGCUGCUGACACGAUGUUGGUUAACUUUUCCCCAGGGAGCAUGAUGGCAGUUCUUCGUGAGGAGACGGAGACCUGCAUCAGUGACACGACUUUGCAGUACUUACUCCUCCUUCUUUCUAAAGUAGCUCUCAACACACUGGUCUUGUCCUUCUGGUUGAGGAGCAUUCCCAAGACACUCCUUGGUGUUUACAGCAUCUCCAUAUACUUUGUGGACCUGCUACUGAUCUGCUCCAUCUCCUGGGCGUGGUGGCUCUCUCAGAAUUAUCGCACCCAUGAAGUCAUGUGCUUCAGUCUUUCACACAGCUCCAAUAUUUACUCCCUGCUACCUCUGCCUGUCCUUCUGGCAGGAGCAUUAGACUGUGUUAUCCAGCAACAUGUGGGAUUCGGUCAGAGGUCAUUAACCAGGACUGUUGUUCACUGUGCCAUAGUGAUGCUGAUGUGGAUGCUGGCUUGUUUUUACUCUUACUGCUACACGAACACAGAGCUGCUGACCAUCCAGUACAGUGAGGGGGUCUCGGCUCUUGUGUGUCCUGUACAAGGAUCUCUGUUGGUCAGUCACUUCAGUUUGAAUCUGUUCAUCGUUGUAUGCUUCAUACUGCUGCUUCACUGCAGAAAGCUUCCACGUUGGGUUAGCAUGGCUAAUAAACUGACCAAGCAGAGGACUGGAACACUUUCUAUAAGUGACCUAGCCUUUUUUAAAAGACUGGAAAAACUUGAAUCAGGAGCUGUUGAGGAGGUGCACAUGGACAAGCAGCAGGAUCGUCCUCCUCUCAUCAUCAGCCUGGUUUUGUGUUUUGCACUGAACUGGACUCCUUAUCUGCUUAUGAGUGUGGUCUGUGAUCUCCUCGGAUUUGCAGUGCCAGCAUAUGCAAGUGUCAAUCUCCUUUGGACCGCCUGUGCCAACAGCAUACUGGUGGGUCUGGCUUUCUGGUACAGAAGUAAUAAGCAUGGACCUUUCUGCACACUGCCAGAUGACAUCUGUCCAUGGGGUUUUUACUGGUAUUUGAGUAGGGAAAAUGGCAUGUACACAGCCAGUACAAAACUCUAUGAUGGACAAGGCUGAGGACUCAAUGCUACAGACUUGACACUAACUACUGCCAGUGAAGAUACCUUUUAAAAGGUUUCUUGUCUGAUCAGGUCCGUCACAAAGUACAUGUCCGUGCACAAGUAUAUGUAGCUGUGGCUUUGCAGAUCGUUUUUCUCGGCAUACUUUAAAAAAAACAGAAACAUAUUUUCUCAAUGUAUAUUCACAUCAGGUAAAAAAAAAAAAAAAAAAGGCAAGGAAAGUGUGUGAAUUUCUGACAGUGAAUACUGUGCUUUGGUUUAGGGCUUAGUUUCCGAUUAGUUUCCUUCUAUUAAUAAUCAAGUAGUCGAUAUGAAACAUUUCCCGAAAAUUACUGCAUUUUUCAUAAUGUAUAGUUUUAUAUCUAUUUUUAUUUAAACAAAGAAUAACACUUUGGUAGCAUUACUGUUUACACUGCUAAACUGACCAUAAUUAUAAAUUUGCACAGACACAAAGAUCAUUUACAAAUAAAAGUUGCCAUUUUGUUUAAACACGGUACAAUAUGUAGAGAAGCUUGCGUUAAACAAGCUAUAAUAUUGACAGAACCUUUUCUUGCUUGGUCCAAGCCUCUUGCACGUUGUUUGCCAUCAUGAAGCUGGAUGCUCUUCCUUGUAGUCUGCUGUAAAGCCAGCUUAUGCUGUGUGUGUUGUGUUAGCGGGAGCGCUGUUUUCUGAAUAUUCGAUCACUUGAAAUUUUCACUAAGGAUGUUUUUUUUUUUUUUUUUAAA